CUUUUCAGUGCAGACCACAGAUAGAAUGGAAAGCAAAAGGGAUCAUCCGAGAAGCGGUAGCAAUGGAGAGCUGUGGGGAUGUAGAACGUGUUCAAGUACCCGGGAUGUGACCAUGACUAAGUAAGGUUAUUUCAGCGGAACGAGGACAGCAAGAGGCGGAUACUGUCUGGGAGAAUCUCCGCAGGUUUGACGAUUGAGCUUGUGGGCAGCUUCAUAUGCGGUGGUAACUCAGUAUGAGUCGAGAUGUGUGGACCAAGAAGAAAGCCAAUGCCAGUGGGGACAAUGGUUGGGCUGAGAGGGGAGGCUACAUGGCCGCCAAGGUGUCAAAGUUGGAGGAGCAGUUCAAAAGCGACGCUCCAAGAGAGAAACAGAAAGACAACCCUUCCAACAUUUUCUCUGGAGUGGCAAUCUAUGUUAACGGCUACACAGAACCAAGUGCAGAUGAGCUCCGUAGGCUGAUGAUGUUACAUGGCGGGCAGUUCCACACCUACUAUUCCCGUUCCAAGACCACCCACAUCAUUGCCAACAAUUUGCCAAACAGCAAAAUUCAGGAGCUGAGAGGGGAAAAGGUCAUCAAGCCUGGCUGGAUCACUGACAGCAUUAAAGCUGGACAGCUCCUUCCUUACUUGCACUACCAACUGUACGCUAAAUACAAAAGACCCCUGUUUCCGGCUACAAAGCAGUGUCAGACCCCGGGCAUCGCUGGACCUAGUCACAGUCAUCACAGUGUUCCUAACCAGGAGACUUUGAACUCCAGUUACCCCUCACACAAACAACAAGGCGCCCACCAAAAGAGUCCCUCACCCCACCCACAUCUUAGCACCUCAGCAUCCUCUCACCCAGACCCUGAGCACAGCCACUUUAGUGUCGAACCGAGACACUGCAGCAGUUCCAAUUCCCAUACCCCGUUAUUUAAAUCGAGCCCCUUAAAGCGCCCACAAUCGGGAGUGCUAUCACCUCAUGCUCUCCAGGCACAGAGUGUGGACCAACCUGAACCUCAGACUUCCUGCAGUACACACCAGAGACACAAGGAAGUUGAAAUAAGAGUGAAUGGAUCAUUGCAGACCUCAGCAGCAGACUUGAUAGGGGAAUCCAUCAAAGCCCCUUCCGCCCUCACCAAUGGACAUUCUCAUCUUUUUAAUGGUGCCUUAAAGUCAAAGGACCUUGUUCUACACAAACUCUUUGUUCCCAAGGACUUGAGUGAAUGCAGAAUUGCGAGCUCCAAAAGAAAAAACACUUGUCUGAACAAACUGGACCCGUAUGAGUUCCCCAACAGUCCUCCAAAACAGACUGACCGGAUGUCUGUUGGUCUUGAGGAAUCAUGUUCAAAAGAUGCACUUAAAUCACCACAACAGACAUCCUGUCAAGUUGACUCAAAUCCUGACAAAAUUCCUCAUUCCCCACCAUCUCAUUCACACGUCCCCGCGCGUCUGAACGGAAGUCACCACAAUGCCUUUUCAUCCCACCCUACAGGUAAGCCUGUAGCUGUGACUAGUAACCGUGGGCAGAUGCGUGUGCCUUUAAGACCAGGAGCCAACCCACAACUGGAGCAGCAGUACUACCAGAGGAAAUACACUCUGGCUCCACAUGACAAAGAGUUUGAGGAUUUACAUGAUGUUGCUCCACAAGACUGUGCAGAAGUGCACGCUAAUGGAAUAGAUCAAGAUGCUGCUCUUUCCAUGGCGGAGAUUGCAUCCUGUAGCUAUGCUGCAAGGCAGGCAGGUGUGAAGAACGGGAUGUUUUUUGGUAAAGCCAAACAGCUGUGUCCCACUCUGCAGUCUGUCCCGUAUGACUUUGACGCCUACAAAGAGGUGGCCCUCACCAUGUAUGAGACUUUGGCUGGUUACACUCACGACAUCGAGGCUCUGAGCUGUGAUGAAGUACUGCUCGACGCCUCUGCUCUCAUAGCCGAGUUGGGUGUCGACCCUGAGGAUCUAGCCAAAGCCAUCAGAACAGACAUCAAGGGAAAAACGGGAUGCUGCGCUUCAAUUGGCAUGGGGUCCAACAUCUUGUUGGCUAGGCUUUCGACACGCAAGGCCAAGCCCGAUGGGCAGUACUUCUUAAAGUCAGAGGAAGUGGACGAUUUUAUCAGGGACCUGCCAGUGACCAGCUUACCAGGUGUGGGGCCUGUCAUGGGCAGAAAGCUGGCAGCUAUUGGGGUCAAGUCAUGCGGGGACCUGCGUCACGUUUCUCUCACUCAGCUACAGAAGAAAUUUGGACCACGAUCGGGACAAACGUUGUACCGUUUCUGCAGGGGUCUCGAUGACCGACCUGUCCGCUACGAGAAGGAGAGGAAGUCCGUGUCGGCAGAGAUGAACUACAAUAUACGUUUUAAAAAGGUUGAUGAGGCAGAGUCUUUCCUGUCCAGCCUGUCCAUGGAGGUGCAGCGACGUCUACAUGAAGCUGGGUUGCAAGGUCGCAGAGUGACGCUCAAGGUCAUGGUCCGCAAGGAGGGCGCACCCCAGGAGACAGCGAAAUACGGUGGCCAUGGCAUAUGCGAUAACUUUGCCAAGACAGUGCUGCUCGCACAGUCCACUGACAGCGGCCAGCUAAUUGCAGCGACAGUCAUCAAGAUGUUCCACGCUAUGAAGUUGCCAGUGCAGGACCUCCGAGGCCUGGGCAUCCAGGUCCAGCUUCUUGAGGGAAGUCACUCUGCUCACAACAAUGUCAACGGGCUUCGGACACGCUCCAUCAAAGAGAUGUUGCUCAGUCAUGCAUCCACCAGCAAAGAUGCUGGUGACAACAAACAUCAGGAAAAGACACCACAUAUCCAAGAUGUAUCGCCUGACUCCAUUGAACAUCCUCAGUCUACCAACGCAUCAGUUCCAGGAACAAGCAACGAUCAUGAAGCAUGCAGUCAAACGCCCAAACAUCCCCGAACACGACUCGACAUCAGUAUUGAAAUCCCCUCACCUUCACAGGUGGAUCGGUCCGUGUUAGAAGCCCUGCCCACAGAGCUGAGAUUACAAGUGGAGCAGUCGUGGGCUUGCAGAGAAGGAAAAGAAGCAAACCACCACCAGGACGGUGGUCUGCAGCCUUUGAGUCCCAAGUCACGGCUGGCUUCCACUUCUUGUCCUCCUCCUGCACUGAACAAAUCCCCUGCACCGCCUGCAGCACUAGUGCUGCAGAUUCCAAAUCAGCCGGAUAGUCCAGGAAUUGUUUUGGAGCUGCCUAACUACUCCCAGGUUGACCCAGAAGUUUUCGCCGCUCUUCCCAAAGAGCUACAGGAGGAACUCAAGUCUGCCUACAACCGUGCUGCAAAUAACCAGCCUCAGACAAAAAUGCUGGAGCAAAAUAAUGCACUUUUGCAGCUGAAGCAAUCUGUAGGAGUCGGCGUCGGACGAGUGAAGCGGCGAUACAAGAGGAAGAACACAGUAAGCCCUGCCAAAAAGGGCCCAUCGCCUCAAAAGAAGUACCACCCGAUGAACAGCCCUGCCAAAACCGCACCACCUUUUACGAAACUUAAGGAGCCUCUGAAUGUCUUAAAGGCUGAAAACGGUCCAUCCACAUCCUCUUCAAAACAGGACAUCCCAGAGCCUUUGCCAAAAUGCAUCCUUCGCCCUCCUCCGGCGUUGGCCGGAGCCUCUGAGCUACCGGAUAUUAAAACACUGUUACGGGAAUGGGUGACCACCAUGACAGACCCCAUGGAAGAGGACAUCCUACAGGUGGUGAAAUAUUGCACUGAUCUAAUCGAAGACAAAGAUCUGGAGAAGCUGGAUCUGAUCAUAAAAUACAUGAAGAGGAUCAUGCAGCAGUCACUGGAGUCCGUGUGGAGUAUGGCCUUUGACUUCAUUGUGGACAACGUGCAGGUGGUUGUGCAGCAAGCCUACGGUAGCACCCUAAAGAUCGCAUGAAAAUCCAUGCCAGCUUUUCCACUUUUUCCUCCGUUUGAACUCUUUCUUCGGCCAAUUGCUGGGUUCUGUAAGCUGCACGGACCUGGUCAACUGUAGCAACAUAAAUUCAUGGUUUCUUAUACAGCAUGAGCCAAGUGAGGAAUACUUUAAAAGCCACGAUUGUAUUCCAAGUUGGUUUGUAUACAUGCAGCAUUUUCUUGUCUUUUCAAAACCAAGUCAACGGAUUUUGAGACAUAGACUCUCUUCAUGUUUUCUUGGUAGUAUCCUGUCUUGGAAAACAGUGGAGCCUCCAAACUGGAACACAGUCCACUCUGUGACGACAGUUGAUUUAAAAAAUUGUUGAUUUCACAUAGGAAAUGAUGCAAAAUGAAGUUUUAAGUAACAUUUUAACAAAUACUCAUUUAAUCCUUUAGAUGCUCCCCGGCUUAAAGUCUCACAAAAUGAUGAGUGACAGUCAAAAUUGUUUGACUUUUGGAGGCGCGUUCCCCCCAACUCCAAAUGGUACCACUUUUGGGGCAACAGGCUUUGGAGGUUCCACUGUACUUUGCAAAUUGAUUCCAAUGCAAUGGUAGAAGGCUUUUCCAGUGUAAGAAUUUUUCUCUCUCCCCUCAUAUAUCUGGUCAUAUCUGAUACAAUUUAAAAAAAUAAAUAAACAAUCAUGUUUCUUUUUAACCUUUUGCAAAAAAAAAAAAGUGCCAAAUCCUUGCAUUAAAGUAUGUAAAUAUUUUUUUUUAUGUACUUGUUUAUUGGAAGUAAAGGGUUUACCUCUUGUAUUGUUGUUUACAUUUAGUGAAUUCUUAGUAACUAAAAACUGGACCGUUUUGGUCUUUGGAAAGAAAGCACUUCAGAGGUUACCAGUUGAUUGUCACUCUCCUCAAUAUAAUGCCUCUACAAUUUUUUUUUUUUUUUUUUUGUGAUAUGUGGUAAGGAAGAUGUCCCUUUGGAUGUAAGUUUGAGCUGAACAAUGUUACAUUUUUAACUUUGUAGCCCAAAUUUGUAUUGCAUGACAUUAGCCGCCCACUCAGAAAUGCUGUGCUUGGCUGGAAGAAAAAAAAAAAAAAAGAAAUAUUAUGCAAACCAAAUUAGUGUAAUAUUUCCAGAUAUUUGUUUAAGAACUAUCUGUUCAGUUUUGAAGUUGUUGCUUCACUCUUUUUUUUUUCUUCUUCCCCCCCUCCACGUCGUCAUGUUGGCAAAAGCCAGUGGGCCUCAUUUUUGAACGGGCCAAGUUUUAUCUUUAUAAUUCUGGCUUGUGCCUGAAGACCUGAAGCUGUGAACGUUUUCUAAAGCUUGAUAAAAAUAAACUGUAACUUUUAAUUUUA